UCAAACUGGGGGAAGGUGGCUGUUUGGCUGCUGUAAAGGGAAUGCACUAAACACGUCUGAUAUGUGCUAAGCAUUUUCGAUAUUUUCUCAAACAUGACAAGGUGUGUCUUGACUACCCAAAGAGGAUUAAUGCUAUUCCAGAUGCUGUUUUUAUUAGUGCUACAACUAGUGUGUCUGGUGGAAACAAAAGGAUCAUCCAACACUUUUGUUCCAUGUAACAUCUACAACUCCUCGCAGCAUGGAGGACUUUCCGCAGACUGCACUCACCGAAACCUUACAAGAGUUCCCUCACAUUUGCCAUCUGACAUUGUUUUUCUAGAUAUCAGUAAUAACAAACUCGAGGUAUUUGAAGAUUUUGCAUUUAACACAUUGCCAAAACUGAAACAUUUGAUAGCAGUACAUAAUAAAUUAAAAUUGUUAAAGGUUAAAACAUUUCAUGGCUGUGCAUCUUUAGAAACUCUGAAUAUUGCAUCAAAUUCCCUUGCGUACAAUAACACUACCUUCCCAACUGGGGUAUUUGGACCGCUAAUAAAUCUUACAACACUACAUUUAGAAGGAAAUAUUCGCACAUCGUCUGGAUCUUAUCCUGAAGGCCUUGUCAAACCACUGCACAAUUUAGAGAACCUUUACAUUGAUAUAUUUGCCCACACAGUGUUUGACGAACAAUUUGGUUUUCUAUAUAAUCUUCGAGUUCUGAAAUUAGUUUGCCAAAUUGCAAACCUUUUUAACAACACGUUUACAGCUUUUAAUAGUUCUAAGCUGGAGUUUCUUUACUUGGAUUCUUGCGGUUUGAAAGACAUAGAACUAGACACGUUUAAACCACUCAUUUCCCUUCGUCAUCUUAGGAUAGACGGGCGACCAUUAGGAAUCCGAAAAGCAUUUUUAUCAUUGCAUGGACUCCAACACAGGUCAAUGGAGACUAUUCAUUUUAACCGAGUUUUAGUGGCCAUACAUAGUUCAGCAGAAGAAAGACUGCAAGGCACAAUUUUGGAUUCAAAAGCUAUACAAUAUUUGGGGAACAUAUGUGUCAAACAACUGAUUGUGGUUAAUUGUAAAAUAUCUUUAAUAGAUGUUCCAAGUCUAAUGGAAACGAUUUUCACAGAGUGUAUUGAGCAUUUUGACCUGCAUAAAAACAACGUCCAGACUUACGACUUUUCUUAUGUUCUAACUAUACUAUCAUUCUUUAAUAUUCGCUUUUUGGAUAUUUCGUUUGCUUUCACCGACAGACAAGGUCCUGUUCGGAAAGCCAGAACAAUAUCUGUCAUCGAACAUGGAACCAGUAGAUUCAAAUUUAGAAGAGCCUCGCCUCUGUCGAUUCGUGUACCGCGCAAUAUAAGCUUUGUUAAUAUAUGUGGUAUAAUCGCAACCUUUAAAACUAUUUACAAACCUGAUAUAAAAUUUGUAAAUGGAGGGGCUAUGAAGGUGCUCAAUAUGAGUUUCAUUGGACUGACAUGUGUUGCUGCAAAACUAUCUGGUCUUGAAAACUUGGAUACACUAGACUUCUCUUAUAACCCUGAUCUGAAUAUUAAACCCGACUUUCUGGAUGUAUUUCCAAACCUGAGCAAACUUCAUUUGGGUGGGAAAUCACUAAACCAAUAUUAUUUGAUGAAAAAUGGAACAAGGCUCUUUCAAAAUUUGAAACACUUAACAGAGUUAGACAUUUCACAUAACGAUUUUAGUAUUCUACCAAAGGAUUUCUUAAAAAAGAACUCCAAUAUAAAAGUGAUUAACUUAGCAGGUAAUAAAUUUCAAAUAUUUCCCAUCAAUUCCAAAGAUACACCUCAACUUUCUACACUGGACCUUUCUGACAAUUCUCUGAGCUUCCUCGAUGAUACUACCAUGGCAGAACUAGACAAGAUGGUAGAACCAGAUUCUAACAAAAGCUUCUCACUGAUGCUGAGAAAUAACUUCAUGUUUUGUGGAUGUAGCAGUCAGAGGUUCAUUCUAUGGCUGUUUGAAACUCCGGUGCAACUUGACAACAGCGGAAACUACAGAUGCCUAUCUGAAAAUGGCUCUAUUACAACUACAGUCGAUACCUUUAAUCGUUUUGAAGAAGAAUGGCGGUCUUGUGUUGGCCCCUUUUGGCUUUCCCUGGCUAUAAUAGGAUUAAUUAUGCAAGCCGUGACUGUUUUGUUUAUUAUCUUAGUAAUGAAAUUCAAAUCAAGAAUUAUUUCCUUUUUUCUUAGGGCUUUUGGAGCCCCCUUACGCUUACCACAACGUCGUGACUUUCAAUACGAUGCGUUUAUCGGUUACUCCCAAUCUGGCAUGCACUUUGCGUGCUUGGACAUGGUACGAAAUUUGGAACAAAUACGGAAUUUGAAACUUUAUUUACGGGAUCGGGAAAUCCCCCCAGGGGAGGACAUGGUUGACGGGAUAUUGUUUGGGAUAAAUGAAAGCUGGAAAACUGUGUUUGUGUUAACAAAGAAUGUUGAUGAAGACCAGUGGAUGACAUUCGCAGUGAACGCGUUUAUAAUACAACCGAUCUAAGAACUGACCGUGUGCUGGUGCUGGUGCACAGUGAGUAUGAUCAACAGAUUCCUGAUUCCAUUUUACGCGUUAUUGAUGAGGACUGCAUAUUAAGGUAUUCACCACAAACCACUGACCGCGAUCCGGUCUGGAAUAACCUGUACAAGGCUAUUGUUGGACGUCAGUACUGAACAGCUUGCAUAAAGUAUACCGAGAUUUAUGCUAAAUUAUAAAUAAAAAUAAUAAAACAUU